AUGGCAGGCUCCACCAAUCACGCGAUCGUCUUUGGUGCAUCUGGCCUGAUCGGCUGGUCCGUAGUCUACCAGCUUCUGUCCCGUUAUCCCGAGUCCGGAGCCUUCUCAAAAGUCACUGCUGUGACAAACCGCCCGGUUGACAUCUCAGACUCGUAUUGGCCCGAACUCAGCACUGAACAACCGGAUCUUCAGCUGGUCUCCGGCAUUGAUCUCCGUGGCGGCGACGGGGAUACUCUGGCGGACACCUUGAAGCAGAGUAUAAAAUGCAUUGAAAGCGUUACGCACGUCUUUUACUUCGCCUUCACAUCCGUCAAUGACGAUAUCGAAGAGGUCGCAACCAAUCGGGCAAUGCUGAAGAAUGUCAUUGAUGCCAUCAACCUGCUGAGUGCCGAACUACAGUUUGUGGUAUUUCCCGGUGGGACAAGGGGGUAUGGAAUAUAUAUUCCAGGUGGCACAUUCAAGGCACCAUUAACUGAAGAGAUGACGAGUAACCUACCGGAAGACUACGCCAAGACGGUUGUCUACCGGGCAUUUCGAGAGAUUCUAGCGGAGGCAAGCAAAGGGAAGAAGUGGACGUGGUGUGAGGUUUGCCCGGACGCCAUUGUUGGAUUCACGCCGAAUGGCUCGCAAUUCAGCCUGGCGCUCCACUGGGCCCAAUAUCUGUCCCUCUAUGCCUAUAACCACGGUGUUGGAUCACGAGCAUGCGGCAUGAACCAGGCUAGCGACGUCGACUCGCUCAGCACCCCCGUUUCCGCCAAGACGAUUGCGCAGUUCGCCAUCUACGCGUCUCUACACCCUGACAAUUGUGGCCGGGGGCAAUUAUUCAACAUCGGAGACAAAGAGAAACCUUGCACUAUGGGCGAGAUUUGGCCGAAGUUGGCACAAUGGUUUUGCCUAGUGGGCGUGGGGCCGAGGAAAAACGCGACUGACCAGGAAGCAGAAGCGGAGAAGCCAUCAAAACCGGGAGAGUAUGUCGAGAAGCACAAUGACGUCUUUCACCGGGCCGGACUAGACAGGGCUGCUCGUGCGGGCGUCGGGGCUGGGAGUCAGCAACUGGAUAGUGUGGGAUGGUGGCUGACGUUUGAUAGACAACUCAGCUUAAAGAGAUUGCGGGAUACUGGGUUUCGUGAAGAUAAGGACCCGUUGGAGGGUUGGCUGAAGAGUUUCGAGAUGUUUAGAAGGGCGGGGUUAAUACUCUGAUUGUGGAUGUGCACUGUAGAGCAAGUGGACAUUAUUAUUGCAUGGUUUAUCGAUCUAUCUGAUGUGGACAUCUUGAUGCCAUGGUGUAAAUACGGUUGAAAUAUAAGACAUGUAAACUAGUGUGCC